AUAAAGUAAAUUUAACGUAAAACUUUAGUAGUAAGUUUAAUGUUUAAAUCUUAGAUGUAAUUUAUUUCCAUUUUUAUGGAAGUAAUUUUUAAAUUUCUUGAUUUUGUGGGAAAAAAGAUAGUAGACAUCUUGAAAGGGUUAAAAUAUUAUCUGUAUUAUCGACCAUACUGUAUCGACGACAGUGCCAAUCAACAUGGCGACAAUUGAUCGUUCGGUUCUUUUGUACAAUCAUGAAAUGACAUGCUGUACGUAAUUACGAGAGAAACGCAUAUAAAUAGUGUAAUAUAAAUAAUAUAAAUAUUGCAAACCGAUAGGAAUAUUAAGUUUUCUCAUAUUAUUCCGGAUACACCAUAAUCAUGGCUGAUAAAAGGCAGCACAGUUUAUCGAAAGAGGAAAUAGCAAAGCAAUUUAUGCUGCCAGAGAGGAAGAGCAAAAUCGCAACGUUAUUGAAACAGGAUGGGCAAGCCUAUUGCAUAUGCAGGAGCUCCGACAGUUCUCGCUUUAUGAUAGGAUGCGACGCGUGCGAGGAGUGGUACCAUGGUGAUUGCAUAAACAUAACUGAAAAGGACGCGAAGCAUAUAAAACAAUUUUUCUGUGUUCGUUGUCGAGAGGAAGAUCCGACGUUGAUAACGCGAUACAAGCCACGCAGAACCGACCAAGAUGACAGGAAGCACAAGAAGUACAAGGAGAAGGAGAAGGGACAUCGAUACGAAUAUGACGCGCCGUGGGGUCCUAGCAUGGAAAAGAAAUCGUCCAAACGUUGCGGAGAAUGUACAGGAUGUAUGCGUACAGAAAAUUGUGGAAAGUGUGACGCUUGCAGGCAUUUGAAGAAAUUUGGGCCCUCGGUGCGACUGAAGCUCCGAUGUAUUCAACGAACCUGCCGUGUGCUGGGCGACCCGCUGAAACCUUCCAAAAGUCUCAACAAGGGAACAAAAUUGACCAAGAGGCGCAAGAGAGAUUCGAGUAACGAGAGAAACGAGUAUCUGGAGCCGCCGCGGCACUGCUACGGGCCCGCGUGCACGAAGCAGUCGCGACCUGGUAGCAAGUACUGCUCGGACGAUUGCGGCCUGAAACUGGCGGCGAGUAGAAUCUACCAGGUGCUGCCGCAGCGGAUACAAGAAUGGUCGUUGACCGCGUGCAUCGCGGAGCAGAAUAACAGACGCGCUCUGGAAACCGUGAGGAAACAGCAGCACGACGUUCGUAGGAUAUUACAGGAACUGGAGAAGAGACACGUCGAAUUAGAUCGUAUUGUCGAACGUGCGAAGCACGCGUCUAUCGACCCGCAAGCCGAAGUAGACGACAACGACGACACAGAGAGCAGCAUGUACUGUAUCACGUGUGGUCAUGAGGUCCACUCGAGAACUGCAGUGAAACAUAUGGAAAAAUGUUUCAAUAAGUAUGAAUCGCAAGCGUCGUUCGGCUCAAUCUUUAAGACACGCAUCGAGGGCCAGGUGAUGUUUUGCGAUUUCUAUAAUCCAGUGAACAGGACCUACUGCAAACGGUUGCGCGUACUCUGUCCCGAACACUGCAAGGAUCCGAAGAUCGGUGACACCGAAGUGUGCGGUUGUCCGUUAGUCACGAAUGUAUUCGAUGCCACGGGGGAAUUCUGUCGCGCACCCAAGAAGAGCUGCGUAAAGCACUAUAUGUGGGAGAAGCUGCGACGUGCGGAAAUUGAUAUGGAGAGAGUGAGACAGUGGUUGAAAAUCGACGAGCUCGUGGAACAGGAGAGACAGAUCCGGUCGAAUAUGGCAACACGUGCAGGCGUAUUGGCUCUAAUGCUGCACUCCACUUAUAAUCACGAGCUAAUGGAACAAAUGACGCAGGAACAGAGUAGAGAACAACUACAGGCGAUGGAAGAGGAGCUACAGAGGAGAUACGGUGUUCAUCAGAAGGAGCAAUGCAUGGAAUAAUGUUCUUUUAUACUUGACAAAUAUCACUAGUAGAUAUGUAAUUUUCAGCUGCACUUUUCUAUCUUUUUUUCCUUUCUAUUUUUUUGGAAGGUAAAUAUACAUUCAGUUAAAAAGCACAGUUGAACAGAACAGAUCCAAAGUUACUUCUUUUACAUUGCUCGUUUUUCAAGCUGAUUACGCGCAGCACGGUUAGUUUUCCUAACAAUUGUCUAUGUGAUCAAUCGCGGACUCAGGACAAGUUAAUACAAUAAACUUUGUAAACGUGUACUGUAAUGUAAUGUACGUAUAUAUGUAUAUUAUGUACCUGUUAAUAGUGAAAGUAACAUAAUUCCAUAUGAUAAAUAUAGAUACUUUGAAAGUUGUAUCUUUUUUUAAUAAAUCUAAAUACGUACUGGCAAAAUAUUUAAAAAAAAA